GACGUUUGCGACUGACCGGUAGAACCGGUGAGUCAUGAACCACGCCCCCGGUCAAAACCCCUGUUUCAAUUUACAAAGCCAAAAAAUUCGACCUACAAAGCCUCUGCUUCCUGUAGAUACAGAAGUGCGCGCGGAAUAAGUUGCUCAAAUGAAAUAUGAGCGUGCCCAGGGAUUGAACACGGUGCCCUGAUAAGUUUAAAUCUGUUGAAGGAUGAUCCUGAAAAGAGGGAGCUGUUGGGGACAAUGGAGAACAAAUUGGAAUCGAAUAAGGACUUGUUAACUGUGAUCAAGUGGGAAAUAUAUAUUUCUUGAAUGAAUUUUAUGGGCGAUGUUUUUUGAUUGUUUGCUCUCUCUUUCUAGAGACUCCAGAUCAGGUCAUAUUUGGAGUCUAGAGAAUGGCGUUCAUUGGGUUUCUUUAGAUUCAACUACACUUCCUAGUUCUAAAAGUCAUGGCUCAGAAUUUGGAGAAAAUUAAAAAGUAUCCAUUAAGUGCAUCUGAUUACAAAAUUUAUGAGGAAGUGGGACAAGGUGUCAGUGCAAUAGUGCAUCGAGCACUUUGUAUUCCUUUCAAUGAGAUUGUUGCCAUCAAGGUUCUUGACUUGGAAAAAUGUAAUAGUAAUUUGGAUGAAAUACGCCGUGAAGCACAAACAAUGAGCUUGAUUAACCAUGCCAAUGUUUUACGAGCACAUUGUUCAUUCGUGGCAGAUAAAAAGCUUUGGGUUGUAAUGCCAUACAUGUCUGGGGGUUCUUGUCUUCAUAUAAUGAAAUCUGUCUAUCCAGAUGGAUUUGAAGAGGCAGUUAUUGCAACUAUCCUGAAGGAGGUUCUUAAGGCUCUAGAAUAUCUACAUAGCCAUGGGCACAUACAUCGUGAUGUCAAGGCUGGAAAUAUUUUGGUUGACAAUAGUGGUGCAGUUAAGUUAGGGGAUUUUGGUGUCUCUGCUUGCAUGUUUGAUACUGGUGAUAGACAAAGAUCCAGGAAUACUUUUGUGGGAACCCCAUGCUGGAUGGCACCUGAGAUUAUGGAGCAAAUCCAUGGUUAUGAUUUCAAAGCCGAUAUAUGGUCAUUUGGAAUAACAGCUUUGGAGCUUGCCCAUGGUCAUGCUCCAUUUUCCAAGUACCCUCCAAUGAAGGUUCUGCUUAUGACAUUGCAGAAUGCACCUCCAGGCCUGGACUAUGAAAGGGAUAGAAGAUUUUCAAAAGCUUUCAAGGAAAUGAUAGCUUCUUGCUUAGUAAAGGAUCCAACAAAGCGACCGUCUGCAGAAAAGCUUUCAAAACUCUCCUUCUUCAAACAUGCACGAUCUAAUGAGUACUUAGCUCGGACUAUACUCGAUGGUCUACCUCCACUAGGUGAUCGCAUUAGGGUGUUGAAGGAAAAAGAAUUAGAUAGACUCGCACAAAAGAAAAUGCCUUAUGAAGAGAAAGAAGAGAUAUCACAGAAUGAGUACAAGCGAGGAAUUAGUGCCUGGAACUUCGAUCUAGAGGACUUAAAAGCUCAAGCUGCUCUGAUUAAAGAUGAUGAGGAACUUUCUGCCAUAAAAUAUGAAGCGGAGCUUCAAAUGCCAACAAAGGCAAAUAAGGACCGAAUUGAUAAACCAUCAUAUAUUCAAUCUCCUGUGCCACCUGUUACACAAAAAGAUGAGACUUCUGAAAAGGAUGGAGACCAUGUGAUGCGCUUUCAGCCAGGGUCUUUGACAUCUAAUUUGCCACUUCGGUGUCUAAAUGGUCUCAAAGGGCAAUUUGAUAUCUUUGAUGACGAUCAGUGUGACAGCCCAACAUGGAAAGAAUGCCAAUAUACCAAGUCUGAAUCUGGUAGAACACAGGACAUACAAAUCCAGAAAGGUAACAUUGAGAAGUUUAAGAAUGAUGAUAGGAAGUUGAAGCUGCUUGAGGAUGGAAACUCUGCCUCAACACAAGGCCGCAAAGUAUUGAGUGGGCCGCUUGUACCAGAGCAUGUGCAUGCAUCUUACAAAUUACGAGUUGGAGAUGUUAACAGGAACAAAUACCAAAACCGAUCCUAUCGUGAGCGAAAUUUGAGUGGGCCAUUAGUUUCUUACACAGCUGGUGAUGCGCGUUCCACAGACAGUUCAUUGGGACCUAAAUCAUCAGAUAGCUUGGAAGAAAAGUCAAGGGUACCAGUUGUACAACAAAAAGGACGCUUCAAAGUUACAUCUGAGGAUGUAGAUCUGGAAGUGGUUCUCCCAUCUUCGAGCCCACAACGAACUCAAAGCUCACAGAAUCUGUCUCACACAAUGUACACAUCUCCACAAUUUCCUGUAGCUUCAUGCAAUGGUACAAGUAUACCUGUUUCUUCUGUUCUUCCACAGUUGCAAAGUAUUUUGCAACAAAAUACCAUGCAGAGGGAUCAAAUUGCUGCUGUGAUGAAGUAUAUGAGUCAUGUUGAAACUUCUUCAGCAUAUCGGUCAAGUAAUCUUGCUUCAAAAUCUACUUCUCAAAUUGGUGCAGAAAUUUUUAUGGUAGAGAGCUCUUCAGACAAUGAGCGAGAACACUUACAGCAGAUAUCGGAGUUGCAAAGCAGGGUGACAAAUCUUGUCAACGAGUUACAAAGAGAAAAGUUUAAGAAUGCUCAGUUGGAACGGCAAUUGAAUGCAAUCUUCAACAGAGAAGAGGAGGAUAGAAUCAGAAGAGAGGAGGUAGAUCGUGAUAUUGGGUGAAGUUGUAUGUUGUUUGUGCUUGUAUUUUAACAUCAAAUUGAAUGAAAUAUCUCCCUUUUGGGGGGAGAAUAUGUGGCAGAGUCCAUUGAUUCUAUCACAGCUGAUUAGUUGAAGCUUGCUCAGAAGUAUAGCCAAUCUAUAUAUAAAUCAGUCCACUAUUCUUUUAUUCUGCUUGGUUUUGCAGAAUGUCUGUCAAUGUAAGCUAGUGUACAUGGUUAGAGAUUAUAGGGUGUUUUUGGUGCCUAUUGUUGUAACAUUUGUUCCUUGCAUUUGUCCAAGGUUCAUUUUUUUGACAGUAUCUACUAUGUAAAAUGGCAACAACCUCUGCUGGUUCAGAAUAUCUAUCUAUUCCUUUUUGCCCUUUGCAUCCUUACCACCUAAUAUGAGAGAAAAUCUAUGGUUCGACAUGCAUCAAUGGAGUGUCGGUAGGGUUUUCAUUCAGAGCCCAUAUUUUUGAAGGGAACACGUUGAUGUUAGGGCAAGUCCAUAAGGCAUAUUGCUUUAUGUCUGCCAUUUAAUUUUAGUAAGAAAUGCUUCCUUUGUGAGGAAGUCAAAGUUGUGUUUAAAUUCAGCUGGUUUUGUAUGUUUCUCCAUCAUUGAGACUGUCUUACAAGUUACAGCGAAGUAUGUAUUUGAAACAUAAAAUAAGGCGCUCUGAGAUUCUGCUGUUGUGGGGCAGUUUAAUGAAGCAUUAUUAAACGAUGUUUUAGUUAAUCAUCUUAUUUAUCGUUUGAAUCAUGGUCCAAUUAGAAAUAGAUGAUAGCAGAGCCUGUGCCAGAGACAAUUUCUUAAAAUUAUGAAGAACUAAUAUAUGAGAUUGUUCCAUCUCCUGAUUUAAUUCA